AUGAAGCUGGUGACGAAUGACGGUGAGAGCUUCGAUGUACCUCGUGAUGUGCUUCGACUUUCGAAUACUAUCAACACAAUGCUUCAUGAUCUCAAUUUGGAAAAUGAAUCUGAUGAUCCGAUCCCGAUCUGCAACGUAUCCGGUCUUAUAAUGAAAAAAGUCUUGCAGUGGUGUACGUUUCACAAGGAUGAUCCACCAAAAACUGACGAUUCCGAUAAUCGCGAGAAGCGCACUGAUGAUAUCCCUAGUUGGGAUAUGGAGUUCCUGAAAGUUGAUCAAGGAACUUUGUUUGAACUGAUCCUUGCGGCAAACUACCUCGAUAUCAAAGGUCUACUUGAUGUCGCCUGUAAAACGGUGGCCAAUAUGAUCAAAGGAAAGACACCUGAAGAAAUUCGUCGCACGUUUAAUAUCAAGAACGAUUUCACCCCAGAAGAGGAGGAGCAGAUUCGUAAGGAAAACGCAUGGUGUGAGGAUUAG